AUGCCUCAGAACAACAAGUUGAAAAUGAACAGUGCGCACAAGAACAACAUCAGGAAGCUGUCCUUUCUGGGGUUUCAGAAUCGAGCGUCUCUGAAGGCAAGCCUUCCUGGAAGGUCUCUGAUAAUUAUCCUACACAUCGGAUCUGAUAAUGGCUUCGUGGAAGACGGACUAUUGGUAUUUGAAUCAAAACAAGCAGGAGACUACCACGCCGAUAUGAAUGCCGAUUUAUUUGAAGAAUGGUUUGAAAAUAUUAUAAGCCGUCUAGAAGAGAACGCUGUCAUUGUUAUGGACAAUGCUUCAUUCCACAAUAGGCGUAUUGAUAAAGCACCAAACAGUGGAACAGAAAAGGGGAAAUACAGGAAUGGCUACGAAGGCAUAAUGUUCCCUUUAACAACCAUAUGGUCAAAGCAGAACUGGUCAAGGAAAAAACACAACUUUCAAGAUCGCAGAUGCAAAGCAGCUAUUUUACACGGCGGUACAAAACGUCCGGAAAAUUGGAAAAAGCAAUCGAACAUGUUGAGGAGGAAGAAAAAAUGUGGACAAUUAACUUAG